AUGGGAGUGGCUAAUAACAUAGGGAAGUACCAGCUGAGUAGGACGAUCGGAGAAGGUACUUUUGCCAAGGUUAAGUUGGCAGUGAACACCGAGAAUGGCCAGUAUGUUGCCAUCAAGAUCAUCGACAAGCACAUGGUCAUGGAGAACAAUCUCAUCUUUCAGGUACAGAGAGAGAUAAGAACGAUGAAGCUUCUGCAUCAUCCCAACAUUGUUAGGAUACAUGAGGUCAUUGGCACCAAGACAAAGAUUUACAUAGUAAUGGAAUAUGUAUCAGGAGGGCAGCUCUCAGACAAGAUGUCUUACGUCAAGAAGCUAGAUGAACAGGAUGCUAGAAAACAUUUCCAGCAGUUGAUUGAUGCAGUGGACUACUGCCAUGGCAGAGGGGUUUCUCAUAGAGAUCUAAAGCCAGAGAACUUGCUUUUGGACAGCAAAGGAAAUGUAAAAGUCUCGGAUUUUGGACUCAGUGCAUUGCGCAAGCCUGGAGAUGUGUUAUCCACAGCAUGCGGUUCACCAUGCUAUGUAGCACCAGAGCUGCUUGCAAAUAGGGGCUACGAUGGAGCAGCUGCAGAUAUUUGGUCUUGUGGAGUAAUCCUUUUUGAGUUACUUGCUGGUUAUCUUCCAUUUGAUGAUCGCAAUUUGAUGAGCUUGUAUAAGAAGAUAACAAAAGCAGAGUACACUUGUCCAGAGUGGUUCACACCAAGCCAAACAAAGCUAAUCUCCAGGAUCCUUGAGCCCAACCCUAGACGGCGAAUAUCAAUAGCAGAGAUUGUUGAAGAUGAGUGGUUUCAGAUUGACUACGAACCUGCUUCUGGAAUUGAAUUUGAUGACAAAAUCAACCUAGAUGAUGUUCAUGCUGCUUUCAAUUUGAUUGAGGAAAAUAACGCCGAAGCAAAGGUACCCCACUCAAGUUUCAUUAAUGCUUUCCAACUAAUAGCAAUGUCACAUGACCUCGAUUUGUCAGGUCUUUUUGAAGAGAAGGAUGACAACAAGCAGAAAGCAAGGUUUGGAUCCAAGCACACAAUUGAUGAAACUAUAAAGAAAAUUGAGGCCGCUGCAAAGGAUGUGAGCCUCUCAGUUGAAAGGAAGAACUCUAAGAUGAAGAUGCAUCCACAACAGAAGAUGACUAGAUGUUCUCGAUCAUAUUUCAACCUAUCAGCAGAGGUGAUUGAGGUGGCUCCCACUCAUUGUGUUGUAGAAAUAUCAAAAUCUGCAGGCGAGCUUGGUGUGUACAAAGAGUUCUGCACAAGCCUAUCAUGUCUGCUAAAAGAGAAAUCGGGCAUUCCAUUAGAAGAAAAAGAUUCCAAUGAAGAUGUCGUUAACAUCAAAGAUAUUCAGGAAACUGAAUGCUCUGAAAAGAAAGAUGACAAGGACGACAAAGACAUCAAUGGCUAUUCUUCCUCUUGA